CAUGUUGCAGCAUCUGCAGUUUCUGGUGCCUCGUACGUAGGUGACCUGAGGAUUGGGCUGUCAGGAAGUGUUUGGGAGACUUUGCUGUAAACGGUGGUUUGUGGAUUUAAUGCGUUUGGUCUUGUGGGGGUGAUGUAUUGGCACCGACAGUAAACUGGCUGACAGCCAAGAAAUGGCAAUAAUGAAUGUGUCUCUCUCUCCCGAGGUGACACGCGGUGAUUAGUGGUGUCCAGCAGAGCACAAUGCUUGGCCUCAGCCAUUCCCACCACAUCUAUGAUUCGGUUGAUGGAUCAAACUUGUCAUAUGUCAUAGUUGUCUCAACGCAUUCAAUUGAAUGGGAUUUACUAUUGCGAGCAGAAUGGGAGAAGGUUCGCACCACCCUCCAGUCUUCCACUUGCUCAGCCGCGGCUAAAGAUGAUGCAAACAUCUCCGUCAAGGCCCCAGCGAUCUCCUCUGCUGCUACCGCCCAGUGAUUUCAUCAGGCACGGGGCAAUUUCAUCACACAGAGAGCGUGAGUGUGUGGAACAAGCUGCCACAGGAGGUAGUGGAGGCAGGUACUGUAACAACAUGUAACAGACAUUUGGGCAGGUAUGUGGAUAGGAAAUGUUUGGAGGGACAGGGGCCAAACGCAAGCAAAUGGGACCCACCUAUCUGUGUAGACCAUUCCCAUCCAUAGCCUGAACAUUUGGCAACAGCCUCUUCCCGAACUCACCCAAGCAUGACAAGAGUUUGGUCUCUCUCAUCCCCAUGGGCUUUACAUUCCAGAUUCCCACAACCCUCUUGAGUAUUUUUAUCUUCAUCUAUCCUUACAUCCUUCUACUAAUAACUUUAACAGCCUUAUGUACAGCUUAUGACUAUGUUUUUAUGUAUUUGGCCAUUUCGAGUUCCGCUUACAAAGUGGCACAGCUGGUAGAGCCGUAUCCUUACAGCACCAGAGACUUUGGUUCGAACCUGACCUUGGGUGCUGUCCGUGUGGAGUUUGCAUGUUCUUCCUGUGACCGCGUGGGUUUCCUCCAGGUGCUCUGGUUUCCACCCACAUUCCAAAGUGCAUGUUUGCAGGUUAAUUAGCCCUCUGUAAAUUGCCCCCUAGUGUGUACGGAGUGGAUGAGAAAGUGGAUAACAGAACUAGCGUGAACAUGUGAUCGAUGGUUGAUGCGGACCUGGUGGGCCGAAGGGCCUGUUUCCAUGCUGCAUCACUUUAAAAUAUCAAUUUUAAAUUAGUACUAUCUUGCAAAGUAUACUUUCCUAAAUUGUACAAAACAUGCUACGAUCUAAAGGCUUUUGUAUUUAUUCUACUUUGACUAAUGUGUGGUAAUAUGUACCUAAAUAGAGUGAAAGUAUGGAGGCAGAUAUGAUCGUGGCGUUUAGGACAAUUUCAAAUCGGCCCAUGGGUGUGCAGAGAAUGCAGGAAUAAGGAUCCGUACAGGCAGGGAGAUCACUUUAUCUUUUGGCAUCAUGGACAUUGUGGGCUGAAGGGCCUGUUCCUAUGUUCUAUGUGCAUGCAGUUGAAUACAAGUUUAAACACACAUAAUUGGGACUUUAGAAGAGGACUAUGGCAGGGACUGUAGUACUGGUUCAGUGUAGCUAUUUUCAUUUUUUACCAAAAUGAAGCCAAGUUGUAAUUCUGAUAAACGUGUUAUCACGGUGUCUAUCUCCACACACAGACGCGUUCUAUGUCGCACGCACACGGUACACUAGCUCCCUCGCCACUUCCUGAGCACACAGGCAACAAGCCACAUUGCACCGAGGACCAGAGGUGGCAGGUGGGGGGGAGAGAGGAACGAGUGAGAUGCAGUUCAAGUGGAUUUGUGCGGUGACGUGCUUGGCUGUGAACCUCCAGCUCUCUGAUGCUGGCACUAUGGACCUGAAUGACCCGAAACUUUGUUACAUCCUGGAUGGAAUUCUCUUUAUCUAUGGCAUUAUCAUCACUGCUCUCUACCUUAAACUGAGGCUGACCAAGGCAAAAAGCAAGUUAGAAGAUACUGCUGCAAACCAACCAAACACGGAAGGACCAUACGAGGCCCUGCAGAAGAAGAGUCAAGAAACCUAUUCAGAUCUCAGGUUUAACAAACGACAGCAGGACACUGAAGCGGCAACUGGAGGCAGGCGGAAUGAAAGGAUGAAUGCUGCUGCUGCCUCCAGUGACACCUAUUCUAAACUGAAUGCCAAGACAAGAAAUGAAGCUUAUGGUGAACUGAAACCAACCCAACAGAAACGAAGAGCCAAAGGAGGGAAUGACAUCUAUCAGGGACUGAGUCAAGCAACACAAGACCCAUAUGACCAGCUGCAAAUGCAGCCAUUACCGAGUAUGCCCCCACCUCCACGUCGCUGACAUCCUCGAGUGGAUAACGUAAUCCCACGACAAGCAACAGUGGACAACCUUCUAGGAUGAACUCGUAUUUCAUCAACAUAAAGUAAUGCCAAAUUACAAAUGAUCCCCUGCAAUAUUUACUUGCAAAUAUUAAAAACUCAGUUAAAUUAGCAUUAUUAUAGUACAGGUACAACAUGGAAGAGUCCCAUUGUAAUGGUGCCAAUCUCUGAGUUUACAAACCUCUAAAAAAUAUAACUAGCUUGAUAUAAUCUACAGUUAAUGAGACAUGUAGGCUAAAGCUCAUUCAAGUUUAGAAGUCAAUCUUUGUUACCUGUUUGCAUAAAUCAAAACAAAAUCCUCAGCUGGAGCUGAAAAUAUUUAUCAUUUAUCCAAGUGAAAAUAGGUAUUUAAAAGGUAACUUCAACAUGGAAAUAGAAUGCACAGCAUUGUCAAUGGGGCAUUAUUUUCUUUAAAUGAGAAAUCACCUACAUCUAGUCAGAACAGUAUAUUUUAAAAAUCAAUUAUGUAGAUAAAGAACCAUGUAAAUAAUACCAUUACAAAGCAGUAAUCUUUUCUCUUUUAUACAUCUUUCUAAUGUGCGGCUGAUAUUGCUGAUCUCUGUAGUGUUGCAGUAAUGCUACAAAUACCUAUUUUUGUAAAAACUAUUGCCUGUUUCACCCUGCUUGUUACAAACAAAGGGAACUGGCAUUGAGCGGUGAAGCUAUUAGAAACAUAGAAACAUAGAAAUUGGGUGCAGGAGUAGGCCAUUCAGCCCUUCGAGCCUGCACCGCCAUUCAAUAUGAUCAUGGCUGAUCAUCCAACUCAGUAUCCCGUACCUGCCUUCUCUCCAUACCCCCUGAUCCCCUUGGCCACAAGGGCCACAUCUAAUUCGCUCUUAAAUAUAGCCAAUGAACUGGCCUCAACUACCCUCUGUGGCAGAGAGUUCCAGAGAUUCACCACUCUCUGUGUGAAAAAAGUUCUUUUCAUCUCGGUUUUAAAGGAUUUCCCCCUUAUCCUUAGGCUGUGACCCCUUCCCCAACAUCGGGAACAAUCUUCCUGCAUCUAGCCUGUCCAACCCCUUAAGAAUUUUGUAAGUUUCUACAAGAUCCCCUCUCAAUUUCCUAAAUUCUAGAGAGUAUAAACCAAGUCAAUCCAGUCUUUCUUCAUAAGACAGUCCUGACAUCCCAGGAAUCAGUCUGGUGAACUGGUAUGCCAUUACUAGGUGCUGAGCAGAAGUUACCUCAAUGCUUGUCAGUAUGUUUCCACUUAAGAUAAAACGGAGUCCAUUUUAAUUCUCACCGGAUUGACGAUUAAAAUGUUAAUAUAACAGUCAUUCUUAAUAAAUAUUCUUAAAAAACCAAUAUUUUCAGCAAAUUUUAUUCAGUAUUUUCAGCCAUUCUUGGAUCUUUGGGCAAAUUUUGUACAUUUGUUGUCUACGUAUUCAAUACAAGCAAUGCAUAUAUACAGGAGGAAAAAAAGUACAAUGCCUUGUUUGCCUACACGUCUAUUAAUUAAAAAGUUGCUAUGAUCUGGAGAGCAAUGCCUGGAAAAAUGAUGGAAACUGGUUUAAUUACAACAAGAAGGAAUAAAUGUGUUGGGACUAGUUUAGUCUUCUGGCAGUCUGGUAUAUGUGCAAGAUGAACCCUUUAUUUCUUUCUAUGUUGUAAGAUUCCAGGAUUAAUAGAGUCACUAAGGUUCAAAAUCCAUUCAAUCAGAUUUUGCUUUUAAAUAUGUUGUACUCAAGCAAGUCAAUCGUAGAUGGUAACUAUAGCUGUUGCUACUUCCCUUCAAGCCAGUAACAAGAAUUUGUUAUUGUGUUCUGGAUGCUUUUGGAUUAAUAUUAAUAGCUGCAACAAUCAGGAUCAUGAUCAUUUAAGCACAAUCUUCUGACCAAACAGUUCUUUAUAAAAAACUGAUUCCUAAACAAACUAAAAACACAAAUUGGGGG